AUGCACCUGUCGACGUGCGCGCCAUGGCUGGGCAACGGCCGGGCAAAAAAGUAUGUGUUUGUUCUUCGAGGGGCCCAGGGCGACCGUUCUCGACUCGACUCCUUGCAGGAUGGCUCAUAUUUGGCUGAGUUCCUUUUGGAAAAGGGCUACUCUGUCCACGGCAUUAUUCGGCGAUCGUCCAGUUUCAACACCGCACGAAUUGAUCACAUCUUUGACAAGGUGAGUUUGCACUAUGGAGAUUUGGUCGACUCUUCCAACUUAGCAUCCAUCAUGGCCAAAGUCAAGCCUGAUGAAGUAUACAAUCUCGCGGCGCAGAGCCACGUGAAGGUCUCUUUCGAAGAGCCCGAGUACACAGCUCAAGCUGAUGGUGUUGGAACCUUGCGACUUCUGGAAGCGAUCCGUACGGUGGGCCUCGAGAAAACCACGCGCUUCUACCAAGCCAGCACAUCAGAGCUCUAUGGUAUGGUUCAGGAGGUGCCGCAGAAGGAAAGCACACCCUUCUACCCGCGAUCGCCCUAUGCCGUGGCCAAAUUGUACGCCUACUGGAUCGUGGUCAACUACCGGGAAGCCUACGAGAUGUUUGCGGUCAACGGCAUCUUGUUCAACCACGAGUCUCCCAGACGAGGAGGAACCUUCGUGACAAAGAAAGUCACGGCCAAUGUGGCUCAAGUGGUUGCAGGCACAAGGUCCCGCAUCCUUUUGGGCAAUUUGGACUCCAAGCGGGACUGGGGACACGCCAAGGACUAUGUGCGAAUGAUGUGGAUGAUGUUGCAAUGCGAGAAGCCAGACGACUUUGUCGUCGCCACCAACAAGCAAUACAGCGUCCGCGACCUUGUGACCCUUUGUUUUGAGAUGGUGGGCCGCCCACUCAUAUGGCGGGGUCAAGGCCUUCAGGAGGAAGGUGUCGAUGAGAAGACUGGCCACGUGGUGGUUCAGGUCUCGGAGAAGUACUUCCGCCCUACGGAGGUGGAGACCUUGCUGGGAGAUCCGGCCAAAGCUCGUGCCAAGCUGGGCUGGACCGGUGACCGGGGUCCGACCGGUGAUCGGCCGACGCCAGAGACGGAUCCCAACAGUUUGAUGACCAUUUGA